AUAAUUAUAAAAAUGGAGGCUAUUCAAAAAGAAUUAGCAGAGUUAGCAAUUAAAAAAAUUGUUGCAUCUCUUAGACAAAUUUUAUAUAGAAUCGAAACUGGUCAAGCCAAAGAUGUUAUUGGAUUAUUAGAACCAUAUAUGGAUUUAGAGUCAUAUGAAAACGUUAGAGAACAAUAUUAUAAAUUUAAAGAAGAAAAACAAAAGAAUAAAAUCGAAAGAGAGGAAGACGAUGAUAUUUUUGAAGAUGAAGAGGAAGAGGAGGAAGAAGGGGAAGAAGCCUCAAUUGAACAAAAUAGAGAAGAUAAUCAAGAAAAUGAAAACAUUGAAGAAGAGUCAUUUGAUGAUGGUAUUGUAAAAAGAUGUAGAAUGUUAUAUAAUAAAAAUAAAAUCUCUGAAAAAUAUUUAUUACAAAUUCAAAAUGUUGCAUCCAGAUUGGUAUCAAAUGCUUCAUCAGCCUCAACCAACUCCAAUAGCGGAGGAAUGAAUAGUAAUAUGACCAAGGUUUCAGAUAGAGUUUCACGUGAUUCAGAUUCAAAUGGUGGUUCAAAUGGUGUUAAUCGUAAAAAGAGAAGAGGUGCUUCAAAAGGUUUCCCUCUCAAUUGGAAUCUCAUUAUGGCUAUGGUCUCAAAUAUCUCUCUUGAACAAGUUCAAUCAAUGAUUAAUGUUUUAAUUAUGGUUCUUUCUCGUACUCCAGUUUCAGUACUCUUCAAACAAUUCCACGAAUAUAAAUUUAUCAUUUCUGCCAUUUAUGACCUUUUAAAUGCUAUUGUUCGUAGAGAUGUCAAAGAUAUUGGUACCUGUCUUAUUAUCGCUGUUAUUGGUGUUAUUCGUUUCUCACAACGUAAAAAUAUGCCAUUGAAUACAGCUUUGGAAGUUGCCAAAUAUCUUUACAACACUGGUAACAAAAAGAAAUUCAGUUUAAUGAGAUCUGUUUCUUUAGCUGCCUUCUUAUCAAACUUAUUCAAACUUAUUAACCCACCAAGAGUCACCCCAUUGGAUAUUGUUUCUCUUGUUAAAUCCCAAAUUCAAUCAAGAUUAUAAAAAAAAAAAAAAAAAAAAAUAUAAAAGAUUAUAAAUUAUAAUUCAUAAUUAUAAUUAUACAUUAAAUUGUAACAUAAUAAUAUAUUUUACAAAUAAUAUAAAAAAAAAAAUAUAU